CAGCCACGGAGCAAGGAGCGAGAGAAAAUGUUUACUGGAGCUUAUGAUUAAUUCGCUAUUUUUGUUCUUGUGAGAUUUAAGAGAACAAACUCUUCUUCAUGCUGCCUUUGUGGAAAACCAUUUAAUGGGUCUAGAAGCAAGGAAGGGCUCAGUUAAAGAAACAACUAACAUAGAUUGCACCAAAACCGGUUCAAGUUUAACCUGUGUGGAGUAGAAUUACUCCCCCUGACCAGCGUGGACUAAUGAUGUCUCUAAUGGUUCACCUGAAGACGGUCGCUCACCUUCGGGGGAAAGGUGACAGGAUCGCCAAAGUUACAUUCAGAGGUCUGCCUUUCUUCAGCCGUGUGGCUGAGAACUGCGAGGAGGUGGCCAACUUUAAUGAGACAUUUCGAUGGCCCAUUGCCAGCAGGCUUGAUGGAAACGAGAUGCUGGAGAUCCAAGUGUACAACUACAGCAAAGUGUUUUCCAACAGACUGGUGGGGACCUUCUCCAUGGUACUUCAGAAGGUGGCUGAGGAGGGACACCUGGAGCUCACGGACACACUCAUUGAUGAUAACAACACGUCAAUAAAGACCAGUGUUACCAUAGAGAUCAAAUACCAGUCCAUGGAUGGAACAGUGGGAGUAUGGAGUGACGGAGAGUUCCUGGAUGUUCCUGAUGACCGUGACGGGAUGUUUGCCUUUGAAACAGACAGCCUACUGUCAGGACAGAGCCACGGAUCAGGAACUUCUCCCGGAAGAUCCCUACAGGGAUCCAUACCUACAUUCAGGAAAGCAGGGAAAGGAGUUUUCUCAGCCAUGAAGCUCGGCAAGAUCAAGAGCUCCAGAGACGACCACAGGAAAUCAGAUGAGCCGGCGGUCCUGGACAUGGAGGACCUGGACAGGAAGGCAAUGCGCCUCGCUGGAGCCAUGGACCCCGACACGAUCUCUCUGGCCUCUGUCACUGCGGUCACCACCAACGUCUCCAAUAAGAGGUCAAAGCCAGAUAUCAAGAUGGAGCCAAGUUCUGGACGACCAGUGGACUAUCAGAUCAGCAUCACAGUGAUCGAGGCCCGGCAGCUGAUUGGCCUCAACAUGGACCCCGUGGUGUGUGUGGAGAUUGGAGAUGAUAAGAAAUACACGUCUAUGAAGGAGUCCACCAACUGUCCGUACUACAAUGAGUACUUUGUCUUUGAUUUCCACGUCCCUCCUGACGUCAUGUUUGACAAGAUCAUCAAGCUAUCAGUUAUUCACUCUAAAAAUCUGCUUCGGAGUGGGACCUUGGUGGGAACCUUCAAGAUGGAUGUGGGGACCGUUUAUUCUCAGCCUGAACAUCAGUUUUACCACAAGUGGGCCAUCAUGUCCGACCCUGAUGACAUCACAGCGGGGUGUAAGGGAUAUAUCAAGUGUGACAUCGCUGUGGUCGGGAAGGGCGACAACAUUAAGACCCCGCACAAGGCCAACGAGACGGAUGAAGACGACAUAGAGGGGAACCUCCUCCUCCCAGAGGGCAUUCCAGCAGAGAGGCAGUGGGCAAGGUUUUAUGUGAGGAUCUACCGCGCUGAGGGACUUCCUAAGAUGAACACCAGCAUCAUGGCUAACGUGAAGAAGGCCUUCAUAGGAGAGAACAGAGACCUGGUGGACCCUUACGUUCAAGUGCAGUUUGCUGGCCAGAAAGGGAAGACUUCAGUCCAGAAGAGCAGUUAUGAACCGAUCUGGAACGAGCAGGUCAUCUUCACUGAGUUGUUCCCUCCACUCUGCAAACGAAUGAAGGUCCAGAUACGGGACUCCGACAAGGUCAACGACGUUGCUAUCGGAACUCACUUUAUUGACCUACGAAAGAUUUCAAAUGACGGUGACAAAGGGUUUCUGCCCACUUUGGGUCCUGCUUGGGCCAACAUGUACGGCUCCACACGUCAGUACACUCUGAUGGACGAACACCAGGACCUGAACGAGGGCCUGGGGGAAGGUGUUUCAUUCAGAAGCCGUCUCCUGCUCUCCAUCGCUGUAGAGAUCCUGGACACCACAUCUCCUGAGAUCAUUAGCUCCACUGACGUGCAGAUAGAGAGUGUCUCCAACAUCUCGGAGAGCGCCACUGGGAAAAUGGAUGAGUUCUUCCUCUACGGUGCCUUCCUGGAGGCCACCAUGAUCGACAGGAAGAUCGGUGACAAGGCGAUAAGUUUUGAAAUCACAAUCGGUAACUAUGGCAACCAAAUAGACGGUGUAAGCAAGCCUUCAUCAACAAAGAAGAAGAAGAAGGAUGGAGACAAUGAAGAAGAAGAGAACGAACUCAUCCAGAACUCGAGUGAGGACGAGGCGGAUGAGGAUGGGGACCUGGUCUCUGUGUCUACCACCCCUCUGAUGAAGCCUGUCAUCACAGACAGAAAUUACUUCCAUCUCCCCUACUUUGAAAAGAAGCCAUGUGUCUACAUCAAAAGCUGGUGGCAGGACCAGAGAAGACGACUCUAUAACUCAAACAUGAUGGACAAGAUCGCUGAUAAGCUGGAGGAGGGUUUGAAUGAUGUUCAGGAGAUCAUUAAGACGGAGAAGGCUUUUCCAGAGCGCAGACUCAGGGGAGUGCUAGAGGAGCUCAGUGUCGGCUGCAGUCGCUUUGUGACUCUGGCUAACAAGGACGUGAACCAGGCAGGAAGGACCAAACUGGAUCGAGAACGGCUCAAGUCCUGCAUGAGAGAGAUGGACAGCAUGGCCCAGCAGACCAGGCAGAUCCGCACUCAGGUGAAGAAAAACACAGUCAAAGAGAAAGUCAAGAUGGUGCAGAACUUCCUGCAGAAGCUCCGAUUCCUUGCUGACGAGCCUCAACACAGCAUCCCAGAUGUUUUCGUCUGGAUGAUGUCCAACAACAAGCGCAUCGCCUAUGCCCGGGUUCCUUCCAAAGACAUUCUGUACUCCAUAGUUGACGAGGAAACAGGAAAAGACUGCGGGAAAGUCAAAGCUGUCUUCCUCAAGCUGCCUGGUAAGAAAGGGUUCGGUCAUGCUGGCUGGACAGUUCAGGCUAAGCUUGAGUUGUAUCUGUGGCUCGGCCUCAACAAACAGAGGAAGGACUUCCUCAAGGGUCUGCCUAACGGUUUCGAGGAGGUCAAAGCGAUAAACACUGGCCCUGUUCUUCACUCUAUACCUCCUGUCAGCCUUGUCUACGAUAUGAAGCAAGUGUUUCAGCUGCGAGCACACAUGUACCAGGCCCGCAGUCUGUUUGCAGCUGACAGCAGUGGCCUUUCAGAUCCCUUCGCUCGGGUCUUCUUCUCCACGCACAGCCAGGUCACCGAGGUCCUCAGUGAGACUCUGUGCCCUACAUGGGACCAGCUGCUGGUGUUUGAUAACGUGGAGCUGUUUGGGGAGGCCAGCGAGCUGCGAGACGACCCGCCCAUCAUCGUGGUGGAGAUCUAUGACCAGGACACUGUGGGCAAGGCAGAGUUCAUCGGUCGGACCUUUGCGAAGCCCACCAUCAAGAUGUGUGACGAGCACUACGGCCCCCCGAGGUUCCCCCCACAGCUGGAGUACUACCAGGUGUUCAGAGGGAACUGCACUGCUGGGGAACUGCUGGCUGCGUUUGAACUUUUGCAGGUUGGUCAAGGUGGGAGGGCUGAUCUUCCCCCCCUUGAAGGGCCAACAGACUCGGAGCAUGGACCCAUUCUGCCCGUGCCGUUGGGAAUCCGACCUGUUCUGAGUCGCUACCGCAUCGAGGUUCUGUUCUGGGGCCUAAGGGACCUGAAGAGGAUCAACCUUGCUCAGGUGGAUCGGCCGCGUGUGGACAUAGAGUGUGCAGGAAGAGGAGUGCAGUCUGUCCUCAUCCAGAACUACAAGAAGAACCCGAACUUCAGCACCCUGGUUAAAUGGUUUGAGGUGGACCUUCCAGAGAAUGAGCUUCUCCACCCUCCUCUCAAUAUCCGGGUGGUGGAUUGUCGGGCGUUUGGCCGUUACAUCCUGGUGGGGUCGCACGCUGUCACCAGCCUGAGACGUUUCAUCUACAGCACUCCAGACAAGACGUCCAACAACUGGGCCACUGCAGCUAAACUCAUGAAUGGCUACAUGGUACUUACAAAUGGCGGCUCCCAGCCUCGCUCCUCACCCAGCCUUUCCUCCCGCACGUUCUCUCGCCCUGCAGGUGACAUCCUCGUCAACGUGGACGCCGACCCUUCAAUCAGAAAGAUGGACACAGUUGUUAAGCUGGAUGCAACGUCUGACGCUGUAGUAAAAGUUGACAUGACUGAAGAGGAGAGCGACAAAGACAAAAAGAAGAAGAAGAAGAAGAAGAAGGGAGGAGCAGAAGAAGAAGAUGAGACGGACGAGAGGAUGCUGGAUUGGUGGUCCAAAUAUUUUGCUUCAAUAGAGACACUGAAGGAGACGCUCAGGGCACAGGAGGCGGCUCAGGCCGAGGCGGAGGAGAGAGAGGACCUGGAAAUAGCUGCAGAGGCAGGAGAUUUCAAACCCGAUGACCUUCUUCUGAAAGGCUCCAAGACAAAAGAGAAGAACAAAGAGAAGAAGGGCUUCAAGGACAAGAAGAAAGGUCCGACUGCGGACGGCGCUGAGAAGAAACCUGUUAAAGCAAAAGUGGAUGAGCUCUUGGUGUACAACAAGGAGCUGGAGAGUGAGUAUGGGAACUUUGAAGACUGGCUCCACACUUUCAACCUGUACAGAGGGAAGGCUGGGGAUGAUGAUGAACAUGCUCUGGAUGAUGACAGGAUUGUUGGAAGAUUCAAAGGAUCCUUGUGUAUGUACAAGCUACCUCUGUCUGAGGAGAUCACAAGGGAGGCGGGAUUUGAUCCAAAUAUGGGAAUGUUUCAGAGCAUUCCUCACAACGAUCCAAUCAACGUCCUCGUCCGUGUCUAUGUGGUCCGGGCUACUGACCUUCAUCCUGCUGACAUCAAUGGGAAGGCUGAUCCUUACGUCGUCAUUAAGUUGGGCAAAACGGAGGUCAAAGACAAAGAGAACUACAUCUCCAAACAGCUCAAUCCUGUGUUUGGAAAAUCGUUUGACAUCGAGGCCACGUUCCCCAUGGAGUCCAUGCUGACCGUGUCAGUGUACGACUGGGACCUGGUCGGCACUGAUGAUCUGAUUGGAGAGACAAAGAUCGACUUGGAGAAUCGUUUCUACAGCAAAUACAGAGCCACCUGCGGCAUUUCAUCCAACUACUCUGUCCAUGGAUACAAUGUUUGGCGGGACCCUCUGAAGCCCACUCAGAUCCUAGCCAAGCUCUGUAAGGAUGGCAAGACUGAUGCACCUCAGUAUGGACCAGGAGGAAAAGUCAAGGUGGCAAAUCGAAUCUUUACGGGACCCACAGAGAUCGAAGACGAAAAUGGUCUGAAGAAGCAGACUGAGGAGCAUUUGGCUCUGACGGUGCUGAACCACUGGGAGGAGAUCCCACGGGUGGGCUGCAAGCUGGUCCCUGAACACGUGGAGACCAGACCCCUGCUGAAUGUCGACAAACCCGGAAUAGAACAGGGCCGCAUUGAGAUGUGGGUGGACAUGUUUUCUAUGGACAUGCCUGCUCCUGGUCCUGCGAUUGAAAUAUCACCACGGAAACCAAAGAGAUAUGAGCUCAGGGUGAUUAUUUGGAAUACAGACGAAGUUAUACUGGAGGACGAUGAUUACUUCACUGGGGAAAAGUCCAGUGACAUAUUUGUCAGGGGAUGGCUGAAAGGUCAGCAGGAGGACAAGCAGGACACAGAUGUGCACUAUCACUCUCUGACCGGUGAGGGAAACUUCAACUGGCGCUUUGUGUACCCCUUCGAUUACCUCAUGGCUGAGGAGAAGAUCGUCAUCUCGAAGAAAGAGUCCAUGUUCUCCUGGGAUGAGACAGAAUAUAAGAUCCCUCCUCGCCUCACGCUGCAGGUCUGGGACGCCGACCACUUCUCUGCUGAUGACUUCCUGGGUGCAAUCGAGCUGGACCUUAACCGGUUCCCCCGCGGCGCCAAGACAGCCAAGCAGUGUUCCCUCAACAUGAUCCGAAAUGAGCAUGAGCUGCCCACCAUUUCCAUCUUCAAACAGAAGAGGGUGAAGGGCUGGUGGCCCUUUGUAGCCCGUGAUGAGAACGAUGAGAUGGAGCUCACGGGUAAGGUAGAGGCGGAGCUUCAUCUGGUCACAGCAGAGGAGGCGGAGAAAAGUCCUGUAGGACUGGGAAGAAAUGAGCCGGAUCCACUGGAGAAACCAAAUCGGCCAGACACCACCUUCCUGUGGUUCCUGAGCCCGCUGAAAGCCAUCCGCUACCUGAUCUGCAACCGCUACAAGUGGCUGAUCAUCAAGAUCGUGCUGGCCAUGCUGCUGCUCAUCAUGCUGGGCCUCUUCCUCUACAGCAUGCCGGGCUACCUCGUCAAGAAGCUGCUAGGGGCCUGAAAGCCAGUCGAGAGAGAGACAGGAAGGGAGGGUGGGAGGGAAAAGGGGACGACCAGCCGGAAAGAUGGAAGGUUGGAUGGAGGAGACAAAAAGUACAAGGAGUCUCGCUCACAGGGGGGGAGGCAGAGGGAGGAGGAGGCACUUUAGAGAUCCAAUUGCAAUACUUUUCCUCCUCUGUUUUCCAUUCUGAUCAUCCUAAACAGCACCUCCCAUUACCUAGAAGAGACGCUGACCCCUCCUCAAAAGACAUUUUUUCCACUAACUGUCUACUCCUCCAUCCAAUCUGCAGCAUCCUAACAAAUCUAACGUUCAGAAUCUGGACUCCAUCCUUGAACUGAACUCAAAAGCAAUCAUUUGCCGCUCGAGUUGUUCCAUGACUCUGAAUGUUUCUUUUUCUGUUCAAACAGUUUAUCAAGCUGAAUCCAAGUGUUGUGUUGGUGGUCAGAUGAUUGCAUGGACGUUCAUUUCAAGUGAUGCUUUAAGAUCUCCCAUUCCAGCUAAAGUGUUGAGAUAAAUAGAAAUUAAAUUAACAAUGUUUUCGGUAGCACUUGGCUCUAUCAACCCUUAUUUAGAAUGAAUAAGCACUAUAUAAACAUUGAAUGUAGUUGUAAGCCGAUAUGGUAUUUUGAUGUGUUUAUUAAUGUACAGCAUCUGUGAAUGAAAACUUCUCCUGUGGAUACCAGUUUUACAUUAUAACACUAGAGCUUUUAAAUAUGUUCUUUUAUCUGUGUAUGCACCAGCCACAUGUAUCAGCUUACAAUUACAUGUAUUCUAUGUUUAUAUACUGCUCAUAGAUAAUAUGUAGGGGGUUAGAAUAAGUGUGAACUUUUCUUUUAAAUAUUGAGAUCUGCGACAUUUGCACACUUAAAGAAUAUGAUGAAGAAUAAAAACAAAGAUGUCUAUUUUCCUAAUUAAAUCCCUUAAAUUAAAAUGAGACAAAGGUCAAGAUAACUUCCAAAUGAUUUCAAUAUCUUUACAGACUUAAUGCAUAUUUCAUCUCCUGAAUCAAAGCAACACAGUUAGACUUGGUUCAAACAGAAUUUGCAAACUAAAAUAUAUAUAUAUACAUAUAAUAUAGUUGAUCCUUUUUAUAAUUAUAUGGACAAGCACAGCUCAGCAGUCUUUCAGUGAUGCACACUUCAUCAUUAUUCAAAUAUCUUUGCAUAUAAAUGCUCCGCAGCUCACUGUGAUAAUCCCCACUGUUAAAACCUGCACACCAGAAUCACAGAAAUGAUUUGCACUUUUCUGUUUGACUUAAUCUGACUUAUAAGUCCUUUAAAGCAACAAAAACAUCACAGUUACUACGGUUAUCUACCAAAAUGUCAAUAUGCAUGCAUCAUUGUGAUAACUGACCACAGAGGUCAUGUGUGUUGGCAUGAAAAUCCAAAUGAGCUACCCUGUUGUCUUUAACAUUACAGUUAAUGUAUAAAUAUGAUUAAAGUGCACUUGAGUGAAGAGGUAAAAGGAAGUACGGUUUAUUUCACAAAACUCUGAAUCCAUCUCUGAAUCAGUCGGCGUUGUUUGCAGUGUCUGUUACUCCGUUUCAAAUUUGCCUGCUUGACCUCAUUUGUGUUACAGUCUGUGAUUCUGUUUCACCAAUUUACAGAGUUAAUGUUUGCACUGAACUUGCCUGUUUUUACAAUGAAUCUGUGUUUAUAUAUCUGUUUAAAAGUGUGUAAUAUUUAUUUUCUGUCUGUUUUGGCAAUUUGAAAUAAACCGAUUUCCAUGGU